AUGUCGAACGACCUUUACAAGCUUCAGAGGAGAUCCUUGACGCCUUUCCUCUCCAAGCGGGUGCCUCCCAUACCCCUGGAAGAGGAACGGACGGUCUAUCCCGAGCUGAAAGCGAACAUUGUUUCGCAGAUGUUUUUUGGCUGGUUGAUACCUCUUUUUAACGUAGGUUAUAAGAGGACCCUCCAGCCCGAAGACAUGUACUCGCUUACCGAGAACACAAAAGUCGAAUACUUGGCCGGGCAGUUCAAUACUUUUUUCAAUCAUUAUUUGCCGAUUGCCAAGGAGCAACACAUUGCUAAUAAAUGCAAGGAUAGAGGAGAAACUGUGUCUACAUCGUCCGUGGACCCUGACGAUGAUUUGGAGGACUUCAAGGUACCGAGGAUGAUGGUUUUGUGGUGCUUGUUCUUGACGUGCAAAUGGACGUAUUUGGGUGCCAUUGUGUUUGUGACCUUAUCUGGUUUGGCGCAAUGCUUGACACCGCUCUUAACAAAAGCCUUGAUCAAGUACGUGGAAAUGAAAACAUUGGGCCUCGAACACAACACCGGCCGGGGCGUGGGUCUUGCUAUUGGUGCGGUGAUCAUGGUGAUGUUUGCUGCCUUGACUGUGAAUCAAGGCUUCUACAGAGGAAUGAUGACGGCCGUUCUUGAUAACUUUUCCGAUUUCCUUGGCUUGUAUUCUCGUGGUGUUGAUCGUCAACCUUGGGGCCUCGGCCUUGAUGGGGCUCGCUGUGUUGGUGUUGUUUCUCGUGGGAAUUGGCGGUGUUUCGAAGAAAAUGUUUGCAGUUAGAAAACAGGCCACUGUGUUUACCGACCAGAGAGUCAACUACAUCAAAGAGGUGUUGAACAACUUGAAGAUCAUCAAGUUCUACUCGUGGGAAGAGGCUUACUUCAAGAUCAUAUCCGACGUGAGAACUAAAGAAAUGGACCGUCUUUACAUCAUGCAAGUGUUGAGAAACAUCGUCAUUACCUUCAGUUUGACAUUGUCUACCUUCGCUUCUAUUGCAGCUUUCUUGGUGUUGUAUUCGACUGGUUCGAGCAAGAGUAAUCC